AUGGGUGAAAGUUCACAGGGACAGGAGAUUUUGCAAUCCGGGACGUUAUUUCUGUGCGGUUGGAGUUUAAACUUUGCCACUCGGGUCAGGGCACCACGGAGGAAGAGAAGGAGGAGGUGGCUGGGCUCGGUGUCCAUCCCGCUCCCCUGCACGCCGAGGGGGUUGAGAAGACAGGACGGAUCCGUGGGAGUCGGAUCUCACACAGCCAUGGCCUCUGGCGUGGGCAGCCUCGACAGCCUCGACCUGCUGGACCUCCUCUUCGACCGCCAGGACGGGAUCCUCCGCGGUGUGGAGCUGGGGAUGCUGCCGGGCGCCUGGCACGAGGACGGGCGUGCCCAGGACGGCGAGGACUUCCUCAGCUCCAUCCUGGGCUCCGGGGACUCAGCGUCAGACUCGCCCGGCUGGCCCCCGGCCGCCAGCGACAGCGGGGUCUCUGAGGACCCCCCCUCUGACCAGCUCGACAGCCCCCCCAGGUGCUGUGACGGGGGUCCCGGCAAGGUCCUGUACCUGUCCCCCUGUGCCCACCCCUGUCGGGCUCUGCCCCUCCCGGGGGGGGCUGGGGUCCUGCACCCCGAGGUCUCCAUCGACCUGGACAUGUGGCACCCCGGCUUCUUCCUGGAGGAGAGCCAGGACCUGCCCGUGGUCUCCCCGCCCGCAUCCUGCACCCUCACCGUCAAGGACCUGCUGCUCUCGGGCAGCGCUGAUGCCCACCCGCAGGCGCCCAGCUCCCUGCUGAGGCAGAGCCAGGGGCAGUUCCAGGAGCUGGUGCUGACGGAGGACGAGAAGAAGCUGCUGGCGAAGGAGGGGGUGUCCCUGCCCACGCAGCUGCCCCUCACCAAGUACGAGGAGCGGGUGCUGAAGAAGAUCCGGCGGAAGAUCAGAAACAAGCAGUCGGCUCAGGAGAGCCGCAAGAAGAAGAAGGCGUAUNNNNUCUCCCUGUCCCCCAGGAUGUCGGCGUGCACGGCCCAGAACCAGGAGCUGCAGAGGAAAGUCCUGCACCUGGAGAAGCAGAACUCGUCCCUCCUGGAGCAGCUGAAGAAGCUCCAGGCUCUCGUGGUACAGUCAAGCAACAAGGCAGCACAGACGGGAACCUGCAUCGCGGUCCUGCUGCUCUCUUUCGCACUCAUCGUCUUCCCCUCCAUCAGCCCCUUUGCCCCCAGCAAGGCCAAGGCGGACGGCGACUUCGGACCCGUGCGAGUUUUCUCCAGGUCCCUGCACAACGCGGCCGCGUCCCGUGUGGCUUACACACAGCCCCAAGCCCGGGACGAGAAGCCCCCGGAGCCGCUGUGGCCGGAGCACCUGGGCGAAGCCCCCGAGACCCUGCACGAAGCCUUCGGUGGCCGCACAUUCACCCCACGCCCGGACAAAGUCUCCCCCCGUAAUGGCACGCAGCCGCUUGCCUCAGAAGGGCUGAGCCGUGGGGACGGGGAUCAAGCUGACACCGCGUCCGGGGACGGCACCGCACCGCACCACGGCCUGGCAUCGCUGGCUUGGACCAAGGCUGGCCACAGCAGGCCCACGGUGCUGGAGCCGGCUGAGGAGCUUUAA